AAAGAUUUUCAAGAUUUUUGCCAUUUACCAAAUAUUCUAAUGAAAAUUUAUGGUCGGGAUUUUACCGAAAAUCUGCAACGUCCAAAAUGGCAAAUUUACCUCAUGCGUUUGUAUGCAGUGAUGGUAUUUUCUGGUCACCUCUAUUGUUUCUAUUUCAUUUCGAAGCAGGUCAUUUUAAUGACCCUGGCUGGGAUACCCAAUUUGACACUAUUUUUGCGGCUACUUUCGGGUUUCAACUAUGGUCUCUUUGCCACAAUGAAAUAUUUGGCAUAUCAAAGACGUCUCCUGGAUGCAGGCGCCAUUAAUCAAAUGUUAAAGGAAAUCUAUCCGAAAUCGGGACGAGAAAGGGUGGACUAUCGUGUUAACACCUUCUUCUGGCCCAAAUGGAUGUUGUCCGUAAUUUAUUUCUAUAUUGGAGCGGUAGCAUUUAUUGUCAUUUCACCGCUAAUGGAAAGUGUCAUUGUCUAUAUAAUCAGCGUUGCUCGUUUGGGUGGGGUGGCUGAUGCCCAAUUUGGUUAUAACAAACUCUAUGAUAUCCCCUAUAGUUUUGAUCAUCGCAAUCCUGCGGCAUAUUUACUCACCUAUAGCCUCGAACUGCUGCAUGCCCAAUUUGUUGUGAUUUCAAAUAUUUGUGGAGAUAUUUGGCUGCUGUGCUACACCAUGCAACUUUGCAUGCAUUUCAAUUAUUUAAUCAGGACUUUGGAACACUAUCAACCGGAUUUGGAAAAUCCGUCUAAAGAUUUAGAAUUUAUUGCAGGAUUUUCUCGAAAACAUCAGAUUCUAUUGAAUAUUGGUUACGAUAUCAACUCUGUAUUUGGUGUCCAAUUGCUGUUGAUUUUAAUCUCGACAGCUGCCACAAUUUGUUGUGCCGGUAUUUAUACCCUAACUCAAGGAGUGGGCCGGGAACUUUUGGAAUAUGCUGCCUUUCUGCCCUGUACCGUUGGCCAGUAUUAUUUGAUUUGUCACUAUGGCCAGAAACUGAUGUCAUCUAGUGAAAAUAUUGCCACAGCAGCCUAUAAUCAUUCCUGGUACAAUGGUUCCACAGCAUAUAAAAAAUCUGUUUUGGUGAUUAUAACUCGGGCUCAAAAAUCACUGAAAUUGACGGCCUAUGGAUUGAGUCCAAUCUCCUUGGGGGCAUUUCGUAUGGUUAUGAGUGAAAGUUAUCGUAUCUUUGCUGUACUGAAACAUGCUGUAUUCGAUAAAAACAUUUGA